AUGAGCAGAAACGAUCCGUAUCGGAAAAAAACAAAGAAAGAGGAGGAACUGGAUCUGGAUUUUUUACCAGAGACCGGUCUCAAUACUCCCGAUGGUUAUCUAUUUUAUCAUGCAAACAUUCUCAAUCUGACAAAAGAUCAAUACGAGAGGACGGAGGCGCAUGGAAUCAACUUGCGGUCAAACAAGAACUUCUCAAUCGAGGAAACCGUGACAAUUUUUCAAAACUGGAGGAAGUACGCGAUGGAUAACGGGCUUGAAGUCAAGAAAGCCCUCAAAUAUAUGAUGACAAGCAAAAAAGAAGACAGCCAUUUCGUCUGGCACCGCUACGUCAACAAUUUUUGGCCGAAAUUGUGCGAUGGUCUUCCACACCGAUCUGGUCAUUCCAUCAGAGAACGCGCGAAGAAUGUGCUAACAGAUAGCAUUCUGGAAACUCUCGAUUGGGAGCAACUCGAAGAGCAAGUCAGAGAAAAGUACUAUACACCCGAAACGUACGAUGAUGAAAAGCUGAAAGAGUGGAGAAAGGUUCUUACCGAUAAACACAAACCGACUCAUGUCGCUCGCGUUAUGGGCAUCACAGCGACGAAAGCGGUCGCAGUUUUGGCGAAAUUGAAGAGGUCUGAAGAACGGGACGAUCCGACGAUGAUACACAAGUGUUAUGAAGCCGCCACGUCUUCCGGUCUGAAUGCUGAUAAAAUUCGAGAGCAUGUCGUAAAUAACAACAAAACAGAACUCGACAAUCUACGACAGAACGUGAAAAUCAAGGAACUCAGUUACCAUCUUCGCAUUUCCAAUAGUCGAUGCAUCGAACUGUUGAAGAUUGUCCUGAAAACGAUCCUCGACAAGUUUCGUGAAUCGAAAAAAGGUGGAGCGACAGAUGACGUGGCAUGGAGUGAUGCGAUGCGUGAAAUGUCCAAAAAACCAGAACUCGAGAAGUCUCAAAUCUACAAAGCUGCCGAGAUUUUCUGUCAGAAUGCGACAAACGAAGAUACAACAACUACGUUGGCACGCAGCACGGAAAUCGGAGAACUCCUUGAUCAGAAACUAUUCAAUAACCUCAUCCGUCACUUCCGACUAAAAGAAAAGCUCCAUUUUCUGUUGUGGGGAUAUAAGCGACGGGAAGUCUGGAACAUGCUCCCGGUUGGAAAAGAUCAGAAUCGCUACGAAGCAGUUCUGGAAUUCGAGCUUGCGAACCCGCUGGUGAGCAAAACAACUCGGAAAUUCUUGAAGUACGGGAAAGUGGCCGAGUGGAUCAUGGAAGAUCGAUCGUCAAAACACAGGCAUGAAGCUAUAUUUGAAUCAUUCAUCCUGUACACUCACAAAAAAUACUCCGGGGAAUUCAAAUUCCCAGUCAAGCUGAAUCACUUGUUCUCCAAGAAGACAUCGAACGUGAUUCAAUCGAUUCUUGAGGAAACGACGGAUCCAGAGAAUUAUGAAUAUGUAUCUUUGAAGCGUGCAAAAACGCAUGUGGAAGAGGCUUCGGGAAAGAAGAUUUGCGUCGAAAUUAGAAAUAAGAAUAUUAUGAUGAAACAGGCUGAUGCUGAGAAUUCCGAUGAUGAAAUAAUAUCAAUUUAA